UGGUGAGGCUGGAAGCGAGUGUGGGGGAGGAGGAGGAAGGGAGGGAGGUAUCAGGCAUGCAGGCGAGGAGGGAUGUGAGGACGACGAAGGAGGAGCAAUGGCGAGAGGAGGGGGCGGCGGUGGAGGAGAGCCCGCUGGGGAGCGCGCGGUGGAGCCCGGAGGCGGAGAUCGGGAUGAGGGUGGAGGACAUCUGGGACAGCCUCGACCAGCCGCAGCUGAGCCACCGGGACCGGCUCAACAGCUGCUUCGACGCGAUCCCGGUCGCCUCCUUCCCGCACACCUUCGACGGCGCGCAGGUGGUCGAGAUCCCCUCCGACGCCACGCUCGCCGAGGCCGUCGACAUCCUGUCCCGCCACCGGAUCAUCAGCGCGCCCGUCCGCAACGUCGAGGCGCCCGACGACGCCAGCUGGAUCGACCGCUACAUCGGCGUCGUCGAGUUCGCCGGGAUCGCCGUGUGGCUGCUCCACCAGUCCGAGGCCGCCGCCGCCAGGGCCGAUAACCUCGGCGCCGACGAGCUGGCGGCCAAGCUCGGCACCGUUGCCCUCGAGGGCGCCGCCGCCGCCGCCGCCGCCGCGCGCGCGCCCGACCAUCCGUCCGCGGAGGGCGCGGUCGCCGAGGCGUUCGGCGCGCUGCCGUCGUCGGACCUGUUCAACAAGACGAAGGUGAAGGACAUCUCCGGGUCGUUCCGGUGGGCGCCAUUCCUGGCGCUGCAGAGCUCCGACACGUUCCUGACGAUGCUGCUGCUGCUGUCCAAGUACCGGAUGAAGAGCCUCCCCGUGGUGGACAUCGGCGAGGGCACCAUCAGCAACGUCAUCACGCAGGCCGCCGUGGUGCACAUGCUCGCCGAGUGCGCCGGCCUCCACUGGUUCGAGGACUGGGGCGCCAAGUCCCUCGCCGAGCUCGGCCUCCCCAUGACGCGCCCCAGCCGCCUCGUCAAGGUCCGCCACGACGAGCCGGCGCUCAAGGCCUUCCGCCUCAUGCGCAAGCGCGGCGUCGGCGGCAUCCCCGUCAUCGACCACGCCGGCAAGCCCAUCGGCAGCAUCAUGAUCAAGGACGUCAAGCAUCUCCUCGCCGCAUCGGACGCCAACAGAGACUACAGGACACUGACGGCGCAAGAGUUCAUCGCGAACGCGAGGCAGAGCUCAGGCGAGAGGCAGAUGAACAUCGUUACCUGCAAGAGGGAGGAGAGCAUCAAGGACAUCAUCUUCAAGCUGGAUGCAGAGAAGAGGCAGAGGAUCUACGUCGUGGAAGAGCAGGGCAACCUGGACGGCCUCAUCACCCUCAGAGACAUCAUCGCCAAGCUGGUGUACGAGCCGCCCGGCUACUUCGGGGACUUCUUCAAUGGCGUUUUCCCUCUACCUCAGAACAGCAGGGUCUGAAAAACACAGAUUUGCUUUUUAGCCCAAAUCAGGUCUCUGCAGUACUCUUCUUUCACCUUUCCAUUUGCUAGUAAUUCAUUUCACCCUUUAACAAGAUCACCUUAGUUUGCCUCUGU